GAAGAAAAAGCCUCGGUUGGUACCUUGAUGCUCGGACUUGCACCGAGCAGACGAACCGACGACCACUUUGACCAAAAUGUCGCACGAUGGGGAACAAAAGAGCAGCUCUUUGACAUUAGUGCUAAUGGUUGCUUCUGCAGCCAUUGGAGGAACUCUGCAGUAUGGAUACAACCUGGCCAUCAUGAAUGCACCCACUACUUUCAUCCAGACCUUCAUCAACGAGACCUUCGUGGAGCGCUGGGCCAUCCAACUGGAGGACUACCAGGUGACUCUGGUGUGGACCAUCAUUGUCUCCAUCUUCUCGUUAGGCGGCCUCGGGGGGGCUCUCAUCGCGGGGCCCAUGUCCAUUCGCUUCGGGAGGAAAAAAUGCCUGCUGCUCAGCAACAUUUUCCUCCUUAGCGGUGCCCUCUUGGCUUUGACAAGCCGAGCCGCCGGGUCUGUUGAGAUGAUCAUCUUGUCACGUGUCCUUAUUGGAAUAAAUGCAGGAAUCAGCAUGAACGUGCAACCGAUGUAUUUUGGAGAAAGCGCACCAAAGCAUCUCAGGGGGGCUGUGUCCUUGUCCUCUGCUGUUUUUACAGCCUUUGGAGUCGUGUUAGGACAAGUGGUGGGACUCAGAGAGAUUUUGGGCAGUGAGUCGUGUUGGCAGUAUCUUCUUGCCAGUAAUGCCAUUCCUGGCUUGAUUCAACUCUUUACCCUGCCCUGGUUCCCAGAAAGCCCCAGAUACUUACUCAUCGACAGGGGGGACAAGGAGGCCUGCAUCGAUGCUCUACGGCGGCUGCGUGGCUGCGAGGUCCAGAGCAGCGAGCUGGCUGAGAUCCUGCAGGAACAAGCUGAAACCAACGGCAUGAGGCCCAGCCGGCCUUGGGAGCUUUUUCGCGACCGCUCCGUGCGAUGGCAGCUCGUCUCCGUCAUGGUCAUCAGCAGCGCAAUGCAGCUUUGUGGCAACGACUCGAUCUACUUCUAUGCAUCUUAUGUUUUUAAAGAGGCUGGAAUAUCGAAUGACCAAAUCCAGUAUGUGACAAUCGGCACGGGCACGUGUGAAUUCACAGCCUGCAUCAUGUGUAACCUGCUGAUCGAGCGCAAAGGUCGGAGGUUCAUGCUGAUGGGAGGCUUCAUCUUCAUGACCGUCUGGGCCGUUGUCUUCACCAUUGCUUUGUCUUUUGAGCACUUAAUAUCGUGGAUGCCUUACUUAAUCAUGGCGUGUGUCUUCACCUACAUCCUCAGCUUCGGCAUGGGACCAGCUGGUGUGACUGGAGUCCUGCCCACCGAACUCUUCAAUCAAACUGCUCGGCCGGCGGCCUACAUGAUCGCCGGCUCCAUGAUGUGGCUCAACCUCUUCAUUGUAGGAAUGAUUUUUCCAUUUCUAGUGAGCGAGAUGCGCCAGUAUUGCUUUGUGCCUUUCGGGACAGUGUGUCUGCUCUCUGCGCUGUACGUGGGGCUGGUGCUGCCGGAGACCAAGGGCAAGUCGUUAUCAGCCAUCACCGGCGAAUUCCACAAGCUUAACUUCAAACACAAGGAGCAAGCGUACAGCAGUCAGAGUCAGUAUCAACUGGGCGAAGUGUGUGCAUCCACUGCCUUGUAGAGGCCUGCCAUCAUCACAACUAAUUAGUCUAAAAUUGCACUUUUGUAUUUUCACUUAUGUGCACUUUGAUACUUGAUUCAACUCCCACAAAUAUUCUGUGUUCCGCUAACUCUACAGCAGAAACAUACAUUUGUGUGUGCAUGUAAACACACAACUGAGACCUCCAAAUGAUAUAUUGAGGUGUGGAGGACAGGCCUUGUUGUUAUUUAGUCGAACAGUGUUUCCUAGCCUUUGUUGAUUUAAAGGCACAGAUUUUACGUAUUUAAAAAAUUUCACAGCACACCACCUAAAAAAUUUGCCCAAAAAGUAUAUAAUGAAAUAAUGAUGAUCUUGUCUCAAUUUACUCACAAAUUGACUGCAGUGGGAAAUCUGGGACUGUUGAACACAAAACUAUUAAAGAUUUUUUUUUUUUAAUUACAGUAAAUAAGUGAGAACUUUCAGAGACCAAUUAAGUGAAAUUUGAUCAUUUCCCGAGGCACACCUUUCACUGAUGAAGACUAAAAAUUGCACAUAUGAAUGUUCUCCCACCAGCUAUUUUAAUGAUGACUGAAGAUUAUGAGCUUCUGUUUGCACACGUUUUAAAUAUGUGUUUAUUUAUCUCAUAUGUUCUACUUUGUGUUUUUAAAUUCUCAACAAAAUCCAAUAAACUAUAUUGUGUUAUACUUGUAUUUGCCUGUAUGUCACUACAACAGAAUCCUUCUUGUUCCUGGAUAAUGAAGCAACAACAUGCAGUAAAUUGAUACGAUCUGUCAUGCCAAACUAUGCAAAAAG